AUGUUGCAGGAACCUAAACCGAAGAAACAGUCCGCUCCUACAGCUAAAAUUGGAUCGAAUCAAAAACCUCUUAGUAAACCUGAAAGUAAUUUGGAUGAAUCUGAAUCAUCGGAUGAUAGUGAUUCAUCAGAUGAAGAAGAGGCGCCAAAAAAGCUAGCUGCUGUUGCCAAGAAUGGAGUUGUUUCUGUUCUUCUUCUUCUUCUAGUUGUUGCACUCCUCUGUGCAUAUGAACUAUGUGCAGCUUAUGUUACAGUUGGUUCAACUGCCCCACAACGUAUAAGUUUUUUUGAGAGUCUUAAGAGAAUUAGUGUAAGAUCUGAGUUGAAACUAUGCAAUGGGAAAAGCCAUACAGAUUUAUUUGUUCAAAAUGAGGUACUUGAUUUCAUACAUGGUGGUGAUGCUGAUGCACUUGCUAAGGUUGCUACAGCACCUCCAAGAUGCCUCAAGUGA